AUGGCACACCGCAUGAACCUGAUCCCCGGAGUCGGUUGCCGGUAUAGAUCCAUAUAUAAGCUAGGCCGGCAGGGGAGAGACGAGGCACUCGAGGGCUCGAGGGUUUACAGAAUACAGGAAGCACGAAAAAGCUUUGGCGACCAAGCAGGUCUCCUAAACCCAAAAAAGAGACACUUAAGAGUCCGAUCUAAAUUCAAUUCAACUCAGCUCGAUUUCAAGCCCAAGGAAAGCACCACCGCGAACCCAGCAACCAGCAACCUCAUAACUGACCUGACACAGAUCAAAAACAUGCAUCAUCUCCUCGUCGCCCUCGUGGCCAUGCUCCCAGCAGCACUAGCAGCAGCUCUCCCCGACCUUAACGAAGACAUCAACAUAACCAUCACAUUCUCCGACGAAGACCUCGGCAUGCCCUUCGCUCCCAUCACGGCAACGUGCGCGGGCGACUACGAAUGCCCUGGCACCGACGUCUGCAGAAACAAGCGCUGCGCCUCAGCUGGCGGACGUAUGGAGAAAGCAGCUGCAGAGGAAGAAGACGCAGCGCAAGCCGUGUUCACGCCGGCGUCGCCGUCGCCACCGCCGCCGCUGACAUCCAAUUUGCAUGACAAGGCUGACGGAUAUGUGCAGACUGCAAGGCCAAGAGACAGUGCAUGGGAGGGUUGCAAAGAUGGAUGCUGUGUUGACAAAGAUGAAGCCUCCUUUAGCGAGGGGCCGGACAUAUAA